UUUAACGUUAAGAGCAGCGUCCCAUUAACCUAACCUAAACAGCAAUCAAUUUAAAAAAGAUCAUCGUCCUGGCCGCGUCGAUCCGCAUUAUACGCGUCCAACAAAGACCCUUUCAUUCUCUAUUCUCAAACUCCAAAAAGCAUUCCCGUUUUUUUUCUUGAACCAAACACUCACCUUCUUUCCCUUUCUCACUUACUCUUUUAUUAAUUUUAAAUUGAUAAUCCAAUCCAGCAUUUAUUCCUUUUCCACCUGAUACUGAUGCAAUCUAUCAGGAAGUCCUUUAAAUCUUAUGGUUCCUACAACAAACAUUCUAGGUUUUUUGGCGCCGGAAACACCGAUCCCGAACACGAGCAACUCCCCAUUCUCCACGACCAGGAAACCCUCCGCCAAUCCGCCAUGCCCGCCGGUGACUACGUCGUCAAAAUCAACGAGGACGGAAGCGAGGCCCCUCAGGACAACAAGAUUUGGCGCGAGUCCAGCUACGAAUUCUGGAAUAACGACACCACCACCACCACCAUCCCUGGCAGCAGCGAAGAGAGCUUCGAUUUCCGCCAUUCGGAGGACCCGCCGUCGCAGCUGAUCGGACGCUUCCUCCACAAGCAGCGAGCCUCCGGCGAGAUGCAGCUCGACAUGGAUUUGGAGAUGGAGGAGCUGCAGCGCGAAGGCGGCGACGACGACGACGACGGAAAGUUAACGCCGGUUGAGGAAUCUCCGAUGACACACCGCGUCUCGAGAGAGCUCAAGGUUUCCUUCGAGGAACCUGCCUACAAUGUGAAUUUCCUCGAAACGCAAAACGACGCCGUCAGAAGAAGGCACAGCAAGGACUCGCCGUCUCUCGCGGAGUUCCAACGCCCUCCCCAACCGCCGCAAUACGACCGUCGCCGGUCUCCCUCGCCGUCGCCAGCCUGCGGCGACGAGGUUGUUCGGUGCACCUCGAACGCUUCCUUCGAAAGAAACCUUUCCAUGCAGAGAAAAUCGGCCUUGUUGAAGGCCAAAACGAGGUCUAGGCUAAUGGACCCGCCCGAAGAACCCGACAGAAAAUCGGGUCGUGUUUUAAAAUCGGGUCAACUCCUAUCCGGGUUUUUGGGGAAGAAGAAUGACGAAGAGGAUGAUGAUCCGUUUUUGGAAGAGGAUCUUCCUGAUGAGUUUAAGGAGACUCAUUUCAGCUUGUGGAUUCUUCUCGAGUGGUUGAGUUUGAUUUCGAUCAUUGGGUUGUUGAUAACCACCCUUUGUGUUCCCUUUCUGAGGAACAAGAAUCUGUGGCAGCUUAGGUUGUGGAAAUGGGAGGUUAUGGUUUUGGUUUUGAUCUGUGGCAGGUUGGUGUCUGAUUGGGUUGUUAGGAUUGCUGUGUUCUGCAUUGAGAGAAACUUCCUUUUGAGGAAGAGGGUAUUGUAUUUUGUGUAUGGUGUGAGGAAGGCUGUUCAGAAUUGUGUUUGGUUGGGGCUUGUGUUGAUUGCUUGGCAUUUGUUGUUUGACAAGAGGGUGCAGAGGGAGACCCACAGUGAUUUCCUCGAGUAUGUGACUAAGGUGUUGGUGUGUUUCCUUGUGGGGACUUUGGUGUGGUUGUUGAAGACCCUUAUGGUGAAGGUGUUGGCUUCCUCUUUUCAUGUGAGUACCUACUUUGACAGGAUUCAGGAGUCGCUGUUUAAUCAGUUUGUGAUUGAGACGCUUUCAGGGCCGCCUUUGGUGGAGAUUCAGAAGGCCGAGGAGGAGGAGGAGAGGCUUGCUGAUGAGGUUCAGAAGCUUCAGAAUGCUGGGGUUACCAUACCCCCUGAUCUUAGGGCAUCUGCUUUUUCUAAUAUUAAGAGUGGCAGGCUGAGGAGUGGAAUGCUGCAGAAAAGCCCCAGAGUUAAGAGCGGCAAGUUUUCGCGGCCACUUUCCAAGAAGUCUGAUGAGGGGAAUGUGAUCACUAUGGAUAAUCUGCAUAAGCUCAAUCCCAAUAAUAUCUCUGCCUGGAAUAUGAAAAGGUUGAUGAACAUGGUCCGGCAUGGGGCUCUUUCUACCCUGGAUGAACAGAUUCUUGAUAACUCGAAUGAUGACGACAAUGCCACGCAAAUUAGAAGUGAAUACGAGGCAAAGGCUGCAGCUAAGAAAAUAUUUCACAAUGUUGCUAGGCGCGGCUGCAGGUAUAUAUACCCGGAUGACUUGAUGCGGUUUAUGCGAGAAGAUGAAGCUGCAAAAACCAUGAAUCUCUUUGAAGGAGCUUCUGAAGCUGGGAAAAUCAGCAAAUCAGCCUUGAAGAACUGGGUGGUUAAUGCCUUCAGGGAAAGGAGAGCACUUGCUUUGACAUUGAAUGAUACCAAAACGGCAGUGAACAAACUUCAUCGAAUGCUCAAUUUUAUAGUUGGAAUUAUUAUACUGGUUAUUUGGCUCUUGAUAUUGGAACUUGCCACCACCAAAUUUCUUCUCUUUGUGAGCUCACAGGUUGUCGUGGUUGCAUUUAUAUUUGGAAACACCUGCAAGACCAUAUUUGAAGCAAUUAUUUUCUUAUUUGUCAUGCACCCAUUUGAUGUGGGAGAUAGAUGUGAAAUUGAUGGGGUUCAGAUGGUUGUAGAAGAAAUGAACAUAUUGACAACCAUAUUUCUGAGAUUUGAUAAUCAAAAGGUCAUCAUCCCUAACAAUGUCCUUGCUACCAAGGCCAUAUAUAACUAUUACCGGAGUCCUGACAUGGGAGAUGCUAUCGAAUUCUGUGUACAUAUAUCUACCCCAGUUGAAAAGAUUUCACUCAUUAAACACAGAAUACAAAGUUACAUUGAUAACAAGAAGGAGCACUGGUAUCCUUCACCUUUAAUUGUAUACAGGGAUUAUGACCAAUUAAACAUGGUGAGGUUGGCUAUCUGGCCAACUCAUAGAAUGAACUUCCAAGACAUGGGAGAAAGGUUUGUGAGGAGAUCCCUUUUGCUUGAAGAGAUGAUCAAGAUUUUCAGGGAGCUUGACAUUAAUUACCGGCUCUUGCCCAUGGACAUUAAUGUGAGAGCCACUCCUACCACUUCUGAUCGGCUUCCACCUAGUUGGACAUCAGUUCCAACUCCAAGUUGAGUAGAAGAAGGAAAUUCAUAACCUCAUGUCAUCUUGUGUGUGUGGAAAACCCGCGGCAUUAACUGCUAGGAAAUGCUAUAUUUUAGCUGGAUAGCAUAUUGUAAAGAGAGGGUCUUUUGUUUUUAGAUUAGCUUGAUAUGUACUGAGGUUAGUUUGUAGUAGCUAUGAAGCCAUGCCUAGGUUUCCCAUGUAGUAGUUUUGUUCAAAUGAUUAGAGGGUUAAUCGCUACGUCUUUUAUACUAUAACCAUAUUCAGUAUAAGAUUUCUAUAUGUCUACCUUCUGUCCCAACAUAAGAGAGCUAAUUAGUUUCUAAUCGCUUCUUAUGAAUUCACGUGUUUUAAUUUAAAGCGCUAAGUUAUAUAUAGUGGACUAUUUAUAGCAA